GUUGAAGGGAAAACUGAAGAAAAUGAGACUAACAAAAGACGUCGAAAAGGUCUUUUUGGUGUCUUCGAGGAGGCUUCAGGCUUUUCAGGCCAAGGGACAAAUGCUGGGAAAGAACAGAGCGAUGGCAGAGAAGGAGUGAACCAGAAUAAAGUUAAAUCAAUGGCAACCCAACUGUUGGCAAAAUUUGAAGAGAAUGCUCCAAAUACAAUUUUUCGGAGGCAGGAGCUAAUAGAUAGACCAGCCCUGCUCUCUUCUGACCCUCCUGUUAAUCCUCGCUUUGCUAAACCUAAGGAUCCAAGUCGUCUUCUACCUCAACCAAAAAGGCAGUUUCAGGUGGUAGCUAGCAAUGAACACGAGGUCAGGGAACCCAAACAGUCUUUAAAUGCUUCUGAUCAUAUGGCCAGGAGAGCAAGGACUGUCCAAAAACCAGAUACCCAGCCCAGUCUGUCAGAAACCUCUGAAAAUCUCGCAUCUGCCUGUUCUGCUGCAUUUGUACUUUCUGGAGUGCUUGAGCGUCUUCAGCACCUGGAAGAAAAAAUGAAACAGAAAAGAGCUCAGACCAUAGCAAAUAGGGAAUUCCAUAAAAAGAACAUUAAAGAGAAAGCAGCACAUCUCGCCUCAAUGUUUGGAUACAUGGAGUUUCCAAAGAAUAAGCUACCUACUAAAGGCUUAUCCCAUUCUCAGCCCCCAACUCCCUCUUGCCCUCCACCUCAUGAUUCAGCUGCUGCCUCUUCUGCAUCAUCUGUCGGUUCAGCUUCCCCUGCUGUUCCUUCUAGACAGAUUGCUUCAAUGGGUGGAGAACAGAAAUCAACCCACCUGAUGAAUUCUAAGAUGACUGUAGGGAAGGUCUCACGUGCAAUUGGAGCUGUGGCUGAAGUUCUUGUCAAUCUGUAUGUGAAUGAUCACAGACCCAAGCCACAGCUUCCCCUCCUUGAACUGAAGCGGUCUCUGGACAGAGCUACAGGUUCUUGCCCCAUUCCUCAUUCUCCAUCUCCUGCUUCCACGGCUCAGAGCUGUCAGGUAUUGAGAAGCAAAGGAUCUCUGCGAAAAGAAUUUCCUCAGUCUGUCGGGGGGAGUGACAUUUGUUAUUUCUGCAAAAAACGGGUAUAUGUUAUGGAGCGGCUGAGUGCAGAAGGCCACUUCUUUCAUAGGGAGUGCUUCAAGUGUGAAAUAUGUUCUACGACACUCCGUUUAGGAAUUUAUGCCUUUGAUGUUGAAGAAGGUAAAUUUUACUGUAAACCUCACUUUACGCACUGCAAAAUCAGUACUAAACACAGAAAGAGAAGAGCAACAUUACAGGUCCAGGGAAAGGAGGCAACAGAAGCAUGGAAGAAAGAGGAACCCAAGCCCCCAGAGACCACCACAGAAAGCACUUUGUCUACUGCUAGCAGUCCAGAGGACAGGUCCCCAGUCCAGUUCAUCAUUCCGGUGCUGCACCCGCUCACUGGCUGAAGCCUUUCUGCUCUCAGAGUCUUCCUAGCUCUUCCUGGCCAGUGAGGAUUCUGUCCUUCUAAAUCUUCUGUCUUCAUUUUACUUUAUAAUCUUAACUGAAUAUUUUUAUUAAGUAGUUUUUAACGCUGUAUUUAAAUUUUCACAUGGAAAUUUUGUAUUUUGCACACAGUGAAAAUUGUUUUAGCUUUAUUUAUGAUAUCUGCUGUAAACAAAAAUA